AUGUUGAGCCUUACUUUUGUUUUGUGGGACCUCAGGUAUCCCAUAUAUAUCUAUGGCUGCAUCUUCAUCAUUAUCCUAAUUAUCUGGCAACUGAAAAGGUGCUUCUGUGGAUUAUGGUUGAAACCUAAAAGCAUCUGCUACCGGCGUCACCGGAAGAUCAGGCAAAGGGCUAGAGAUGUAGUAUCAAGAGCAUGGAUAUUUUCUCAAGAAGAAGUUGAGAAGCCACAGGAACUGGUCUCAGUCAUGAAAAGCCAGGGCUGGCUACCUCAGGAAGAAAGUGUGCGUCAGCUCCUGUGUGCAGAUCCCUGCUGCCACACCUGCAAUUCUGUGGCUCUGGAGAUUCAGGAAUUGCUGGUGGGUGAGCACAACCAGAUCUCCCCCAACUUAACAGGGCCUUCACAAAGCUCUUCUUGCCUAGAAAUAUUGUCCAUAUCUAGUGUACCUUUUGAGACAAAUCUGGAACUUCAUUCUCGGCACAAUAAGAACAUUUCACUAGCACCUAUAAACCCCAAAAUGGUGAAAUUAAUGGAUCAGAACUCUUUAGCUCAGUCAGCUGCCCAGUCAACCAAUGCAGUCAGAGUCGAAGAUUACUGGACAGAGCACUAUCAGCUACAACAGGACUUUGUGCCUAAUGUGCUACAGGACCCAGAGACUAUGGCUUUUUCAGGGCUUGUGGAGCCUGCAGUUCCUGUAGAUCAGCAGUUGAUGCAAAGAAAUGCCAAUUUUGUCCAGAGGAAUGAAUACCAGUAUCACUUUAACUCCCAACUUGUUUUGCUGCCCCAGAACCCAGAGACCACUAUCAUGACACAUCCUGUGGCCUUGAAUAUGGUUAUUCCUUGCCACCUGCCAUUCCUCACUCCUGAAGUCCUAAGGCUUCUUGAGGUCCAUGUAAAAAAAUGGAUGCAUUUCCAGAGAUGGGGGCUCCCCAGACGUGUAGAAGAAUCCCUGAGGCAGCUUAUGCCAAACCCACCAUUGUAUUACCAGUCUGAGAAUAUUAAACUGGAGACAACUUUACGGCACAAGUAUCUGGCCUUCCUGUCAGGGCUGCCUGCUCUCUACUAUGUAGCUCUCUCCAGAGCCAUGGCCCCUGCUGUCACUAGCAAACCUGUCACCACAGAGAUGGUGCCUGAGUCUGUCGAAGUUCCAGCAGAGCCUCUGGCUGAGAUGAUCUCACUUGAAGGAGAGCGUUCAAGCCCUGGGCCCUGCUCUCAAGACAACAAUGAGACUUGUGCAGAUGCUGCGGAAGAGCUCCAGCCUGCAGUGGAAGUGGAAGGAACGAUGGAGGCGGUGUCUCAACACAGCCAGAUACAUUCUUCUAACCCCGUGUCACUCAAGACACAUAUCUUGGCCAAACUGAAUUUCCACCUCAGAAAAAAGAUCCUAGAGAUUCAAAUGGGAAUUCCCAUAAGGGCGAGAGAGUCCAUGGAACAAACUGCAGCAGUCCCAGAGGACAAAUCCACACGGGACUCUCAUAGGAGUCGAAAUAACCAAGGAAAAACAUUGGUCCAGGAACUAUCCAUCCCACCAGACACUCGUGCCCCAGACCUACAUCCAGUUAACGUUACAGAACAGCUGGCCACUGACUUGAAGCCAGUGCAGCAGAACCAUAAGCAACCUAGUUCCAGAGCAGUGCCCCAAGGUUCUGCCCACUGGAUCUCCAAGAUUCCACAACCCAGUGGGUACAUGACAGAGGCCCAGGUGCUUUGUGUUCAGGUGGAGGCCAGUGUGAACAACCCCAGCCUGGAGGAACCCUGGAGCCCUGAGCCCCAAAGCCCAGACAAGAGCAAGGACUCAGCCCAAGUCCCCACAUUGGCAGAAAAGAUAGAAGAUCCAGGGAAACCCAAAGUAGUUGGGGACCAUGGAGCAGGGGAUGCAGGGUUUAGUCUCUCCUCAACCAGAGAAGAAAGACACCCUGGUGAAGACCAGAGGCCAGCAGACAGGCUUCCGAACAAGAUAUCCCAAGGCUCCUGGAGACACAGCCAUAGAUUUCAUCAUCUUGCUCAUCCCUGUCAACACAGCCCCCAGCAUCACCCUCAGCCUGAGCUGUCAGACCUACACCCAGGAGCCCCUGGGGGGAAAGCACCUGAGAAUGCCCUGCAAGACAGUCAAACUGAGCUAAAUGUCAUCCUCAAACCAGAAAUAAUUCCUAAAACUGCCCAGAGUGAGGUGCCCCAGUCUUCACAGGGCCAGCCUUUCCCAAGCCAACUAAUCAAGGAUAAGCCUUUGCAGGGCCAAACUUUGCAAGACCAGGUUUUGCAUGAACAGGUGAUGCCAGCCUCUACUCACAAGAGGCCCAGCCUCCCAAAAUGUAGCUUAAAAAAUAAAAUGAAAUCCUUCCUACACCGUAUUAACCUCAUGACAAAAGGCAAACGGCAUGAGGAAUCCAUGUCCUCUAUAGCUGAGAAAGUGGCCAAAACCAGGAAAGAAAAUGUUGAAAAGAGCCUGGUUCCAGCCAAAAGCCUUAAGGGGAGAACUAGGACGGAGAAGCCAACAGGGCACUCCAAGGGCCACUCUCCCACCAUGGAGAAGCCAGUGGUCCCAGUCUUCUCAGGUGGUGCCUAUAUCUCAGACAACAAUCUCCGGUUUCGCUUCAGACAACCUGCCUGUGCCUCAGUCCUGGGCCGUUCCUGCCACUGCCCUUGGCACUGUCCUCGAGGGGCUUGUGCCAACCAGCCAAGGGCAUCCUCUUUAGCUCCCAACCCCCACCUCAAAUAG